UCCCGCGCUGCCGCUGCUUCCGGCGGGAGCCGGAAGACGCUGUGUGUGGACGGAAUUCGGGACCGCCUGACGGCUAGCAGGCUGCCCCGGACGCGAAGUUUUUGAAACCUGUUAAAUGAUAAUGGGAAUUGAGGAUAGAAACAAAUUUAAUUGCAUAUUUGCCAUCACACUUCCGGCUGAUGUACAUAGCGAGUUGCUGUGUUAAAGGCUAAAUUGAUUACCCACCCAGCACAGCAUCUUACAGGAAAAGCAUAGCAUUUCCUAGAGGAAUAUGAGCAUAACAGGAAGGUGUCAUUGACUCUGAAUUAAAUUUUUAACCUGUCCCUGAACAGCUACAGGAUUUGGAAGCUGAAUCAAUGUUAUCAGAUGAGUUAGAAUCCAAACCAGAGCUCCUGGUACAGUUUGUUCAGAAUACGUCCAUCCCAUUGGGACAGGGGCUAGUAGAAUCAGAAGCUAAAGACAUUACUUGCUUAUCCCUCCUUCCGGUGACUGAGGCCUCAGAAUGCAGUCGGCUAAUGUUACCAGAUGAUACUCCAAGUCAUACAAACUCCUCCAAGGAGGUCCCUUCCUCGGCUGUGUUGAGAAGCCUUCAGGUGAAUGUGGGCCCAGACGGAGAGGAGACGAGGGCUCAGACUGCACAGAAGUCCCCGGAGUUUUUGUCCACUCCAGAGUCUCCCAGCUUGUUGCAAGAUCUACAGCCAAGUGAUAGCACUUCUUUUAUUCUUCUUAACCUAACGAGAGCAGGUCUGGGCUCUUCAGCUGAGCACUUAGUAUUUGUACAAGAUGAGGCAGAGGAUUCAGGGAAUGAUUUCCUCUCCAGUGAGAGCACGGACAGUAGCAUCCCAUGGUUCCUCCGGGUUCAAGAGCUGGCUCAUGAUAGUCUGAUUGCUGCUACUCGCGCACAGCUGGCAAAGAGUGCAAAAACCAGCAGCAAUGGAGAAAAUGUCCACCUCAGUUCUGGUGAUGGGCAGCCCAAAGAUUCUGGGCCCCUUCCUCAAGUGGAAAAGAAGCUCAAAUGUACAGUUGAAGGCUGUGACCGGACCUUUGUGUGGCCAGCUCACUUCAAGUACCAUCUCAAAACACAUAGAAAUGACCGCUCUUUCAUCUGUCCUGCAGAAGGUUGUGGGAAAAGCUUCUAUGUGCUGCAGAGGCUGAAGGUGCACAUGAGGACCCAUAAUGGGGAGAAGCCCUUUAUGUGCCCCGAGUCUAGCUGUGGUAAGCAGUUCACCACAGCUGGAAAUCUGAAGAACCACUUGCGCAUCCAUACAGGAGAGAAGCCUUUCCUUUGUGAAGCCCAAGGAUGUGGCCGUUCCUUUGCUGAGUAUUCUAGCCUGCGAAAACACUUGGUGGUUCACUCAGGAGAGAAGCCUCAUCAGUGUCAAGUCUGUGGGAAGACCUUCUCUCAGAGUGGGAGUAGGAAUGUGCACAUGAGAAAGCAUCAUUUGCAGCUGGGAGCAGCUGGGAGUCAAGAGCAGGAGCAAACUGCUGAGCCACUAAUGGGCAGUAGUUUGCUUGAAGAGGCUUCAGUAACCAGUAAAAACCUGGUGCCUAUGAAUUCCCAGCCCAGCCUUGGUGGAGAGUCCUUGAACCUACCAAAUACCAGUUCUAUCCUAGGAGUUGAUGAUGAGGUGCUUGCUGAAGGAUCCCCACGUCCCCUGUCUUCAGUGCCUGAUGUGACACAUCACUUGGUGACCAUGCAGUCAGGGAGGCAGUCAUAUGAGGUUUCUGUCUUAACUGCCGUAAAUCCACAGGAGGUAAAUCUGUCUCUUGCCUUUACUUUGUUUCUGUGGAGACUAAUGUGGACAGUGGCUGGGAAUCUAGUUUUGAUGAUCUGAAAAUUACUCCAAUUUCCCUUUCCUGGAAACUUUGUCUAGAAUAUCUUCCUUUAAGCCAGGCAUGAGUCCAGCUUAACUUAAGCUUGAUGGUUAGGGUCUCCUGGAUUGGGAGAUUGGUCACUCACGACUGGGUUUCUCAGCUUUAAUUUCCUUUGUAUACAUACCUUACUGAAUGAUACCUGCUCCUACUGUUCUCUGCCUAGGACAUGAGGAUGCUGCUUUUAUUUUAUAAAGAAAAUAUCCUGGACAGAGUGGUCCUUGAGCAAAAAAGAUAGUGACAAAAUCAUGGAAAAUAAUCAUUGUUCAUUUUAUUAGGGUCAUAUGUCUGGGAGAUACCAGGCUGAACCAACUGGGCCUUUAGGGACGUGUUCACUCGCUUGUGGAAUGAGAACCAUCAUCUAAAUUGGGGAGAGGUUUUAGGUUGCUUCUAAGCAUUCCCAACUCUACGAUCUUAGCUCUAACCCAGAAAACAGAAUGAAAACCAGUCAGGCUUCUAGAAUCUUAGGGUAUAGUAGAUGACUUCAUCAUGAGCUCAUUUCAUAUGCAUAAACUUUUGCCAAAACCCAUGUAUCUUGGAUGCCUUCAUAUUAUAGUAACUCUUACAGUGCUCUCCCGUCUUUUCCCCUGACCUUUUCAUUAUAACCUGAUACCACAAAAUCAGCUGUUCCAGUAUUCAGAUGAUUGCAUCCUAUAUUAAAUAUUCCGGAUUAUUCUGUAAGAUUCCUGGGGAUGCCCAAGAUCACAGGGCUCUGGACAUGCAUGUUAAUGAUUCUGCCAGAACCUUUCCUUGUAUUCAUCAUUGUGACCCAUUGUCUGAGUCUUGCUUAUAUUAUAUUCAAAGUUUUUUUGCUAUUGAUUCUGUUGGUUCUUUGCUAAGCCACCUUCUCCUGGCUACUGUUUGGGAACAUAUCUCACCUAUGAAGACUUCCUUUAUUAUUUCCCCUCUUCAUUUAUGUAUUUUAAAAUUUUUAUUAUGAGAGUUUUCAAAGAGUAUAGUGAGAGAAAGUAUAAUGAACUCAUGUACCUCUCCCCCCAACUUCAACAGUUAACUUUCGACUAUUCUCUCUUCCCGCCUACUUCUUACUGUUGCUGUUCUGUUUGUGCUGGAGUAUUUAAAAGCACAUCACAGACAUAACCAUUUUAUUUGUAGAUAUUUCAGCACAUACCUCUAACAGAUAAGUACUUUUUCAUAACUAUAAUGUCUUCAUCAUACCCAACAGAAUUAACAGUCAUUUAUUGAUAUCCUCGAAUACUUUGUGUUCCUUUUUUAUUUUUUCUCAAAAUGUCUUUUAAUGGUUGGUUGGUUUAAAUUAGGAUUCAAACAAGGCCCAUUCACUGCAUUUGGUUAAUAAUUCUCUUUAUCUCUAAUAGUCUUCCCCACCCUCCACUCCCUACCCCGUUUUUUCAGAAUGACUUAACUAUUUAAUAAGAAUUUCCCACCUUCUAGUUUUGGCUGAUUGACUCCUUUUGUUUAAUAUAUUUCUCUAUCUACAGAUUUCCUAAAAACUGGUAGUUAGGAGCUUAGAUUCAUGUUCUUUCUGCUUUUAUGAACUGUGAUUCUUCUGUAAAAGAAAUAUUUCUCUCAUCAACUAUUGGAUUGCUCUAAAAUAGUUCAGAAAAAUCAUCUCCUUUUUUAUCUAGUGGAAAUUAUCUUGACAAACCAAUCCACAACACUCAGGCUUUUCCUUUUUUAUAUUUGAAACCUUGGAGCUUUUCUCUCCUGUACUGCUAAAUACCUUUUUUUUACUGAAGCGUUUCAGGUUUUCUCAAACAAAUGCCAGAUGUAUAAAAACGUAGUCAACAGAUACUUCAUACCUAAUGAAGUGCAAGGCCGUCUGUUGGGUACUAAACCACAGUAAACAAAGUCUCUGCCUCAAAGAGCUUAGUCAGACUUCGGACCUCUGCCUUUUAUAACUGUGCAAAAUGGUGCCCCUGGAAUUGUGCUGUACAGAGAGAAUGGGAAGGGUGGCAGAUCAAUAAAUGGGGCAAUUUUUUACAUAGUGUAGUAAGUACUAGGUAGGGGGAAGUCAGGGAGUAAGUUUUAGAGUUUAAGUUGAGACCCGAGGGAUGAAUAGCAGUGAUCUUGAUGGAUAAGUGGGAGGGACUGGAAGAAAAUAACAGGCAGCAAUGAGGACAAGGGCAGAGGUGAGGGAGCAGGGCACAGCUAUGGAACCACAGAGGGUUGAGUAAGAUGCAAUGUGGAAUGGAAAGUGAGAGCAGGAAGGAUAAGCUGGUUUCUCUCUUGAAGGGCCUUCACUUCAAGGACAUGAUUUUAUCCUGGGGACAGUGGAGAGCCACUGCAUGGUAUUAAGCCAGGUAUGACAUGGUCAGAUUUGUGUGUGCAAAAAGUCCAGUAAUAGCACAUUUGUUCCCCUCGGACCUAGGCACAUGGGUCUUGGAUUCAGGGUGUCCUUGUCUGGGUGAUGCUUACUCACAGCCUCAGACAGACACAAUACCACAGACCACCUAUAAGAAACAAAAGAAAACUCGGCCUUCACCCCAGGAGGACACUAAGGGCAUACAGGCCCUAAGCACCCAAUUUCAUGAUGGAAGCCCUAGACACUUCAUAGAAAAAUAUUAACAACACAAAGGGGAAAGUGCUCCCCUUAGUGUAGCUGAAAAUCCUAGAUGAUUACUUUUCCCCUCAUGGGUCGUCGCAUAUUUACAAACACACCCUCUGUCUGAACCUCACUUCUGUGUUUCUUUCACUGUUACCUCUAUUAUUUUCCUCUUAUCACAGGCAUUCCCACUGCUCAUCCCUCCUUUUCCUUAUCAUGGCAGGCUUACCACAUCCUCUGAUACUGUCAUUUUUUUAAACCUACAAGCCCCUCAAGGCUCCAGGUUUAGUCCUCUUCCUCAUCUAAGCUCCUGGUACUAACUGACUUUCCUCCAGUGACUGAGAAAUGUUGAUUCCUUAGGGAUUC